AACGCUGCCAGAUAUGCACUACAUUUAUCAUGUGUUGUUGUUGUUUAAUUUGAAAAGCCGGUAAAUUUGUGUUAUGUAUGCAGCCGCAUCGCAAUUGCCGAAAUAUCCAGCUCCAUGCAGUCGACUUGGCCAACGUUUGGUCAGCUAUAUGCUAGGCAUCGAAACCUCCUGCGAUGACACAGGCAUAGCCAUAGUAGACACAACCGGUCGGGUGCAUGCCAAUGUGCUUGAGUCUCAGCAGAAGUUUCAUACGCGUUACGGCGGCAUUAUACCGCCACGUGCUCAGGAUCUUCAUAGAGCGCGCAUUGCAGCUGCCUAUGAGCGGUGCUUGGAGCAGGCGCAACUGCAGCCGGAGCAGCUGGCCGGGAUUGCGGUGACCACACACCCGGGCCUACCCUUGAGCUUAAUUGUGGGUCUGCGCUUUGCACGCCAUCUGGCACGCCGCCAUCGUAAACCUAUGUUGCCCGUACAUCACAUGGAGGCGCACGCCUUGCAGGCGCGCAUGGAGCAUCCGACUGAAAUAAGUUAUCCAUAUCUUUGCCUGCUCAUUAGCGGUGGCCACAGCCAGCUGGCAAUGGUUAAUGGACCUGGUCGGCUGACGCUGCUUGGCGAAACACUGGAUGAUGCACCCGGCGAAGCAUUUGAUAAGAUUGCACGACGUCUGCGGCUCUAUGUGCUACCACAGUAUAGACUGUGGAAUGGCGGGCGGGCCAUCGAACAUGCUGCUCGGGAUGCCAAGAACCCGACUGCAUUCGAGUUUCCAUUGCCUUUGGCGCAACAGCGCAAUUGCAAUUUCAGCUUUGCGGGCAUCAAGAACAAUUCCUUUCGUGCCAUACGCAAACAGGAGCGCGAGGAGCGAACACCUCCAGAUGGCAUCAUUAGCAACUAUCGGGACUUCUGUGCGGGCCUCCUAAAUGCAGUUAGUCGCCAUCUGAUGCAUCGGACGCAACGCGCUUUGGAGUACUGUUUGGAGCGGCAGCUCUUUGGAGCAGCGCCGCCCACACUUGUCAUCUCGGGGGGCGUGGCGAACAAUGAUGCCAUUUUUGAGAAUCUGAAGCAUUUGGCCAGCGCCUACAACUGCCGCUGCUAUCGACCGUCAAAACUCUACUGCUCCGACAAUGGAGUCAUGAUUGCCUGGCAUGGCAUCGAGCAGUUACUCCAAGAUCCGAAGCAGAGCCUGCGACUGGACAUUGACAAAAUCGACGUAGCAGGCAGCGCUGGAUUUCAGCAGUCGAUGAUUGCCGAUGUAGAACUGGCGGCCAUCAAAUGCAAGUGGAUUAAAGCGCUCUAGUGGAGCACGAUCUUUAAAAGAGAAAUCUAUAUACUAUAACUGUUGUUAUAAAGAAGUACUAAAACUUAUAAGAUUUUGUUAAUAUAUGCAGACAAUGCUGAUUAAGUCAUCUGAAGUUAGUCAUAUAAUGUACGAUUCAUCCUAUGUCCACGCUCACUGCAAUAACUAUUUAAGUACUUAACUUUUGAUAGUCAUAGAGCUAAGAACAAAGACUCUACAGUAAUCAAUAAAAACAAAGAAAACGCUCCACUUUGUCAUAUACAUUAUAGCAAAGUCCGAUCCGAUAUAUAAAAUACUUGGAGUAUAUAUAUUUUAAUGGUAUGGCACUAAAGUAAUUGAUAAUGAGUUAAGCAAAACAGCUUACGAUGAAUCAAUAUACGAUGACUGUUGGAGCCCCACACGUAUAUAUACUGAUUGAUUCAAUGUGUAGGCCUGACCUAAGACAAGUUUUGAAAAUAACUGGACAAUACACUUGGAUAGCAAGCCUAAGUAUAGAUGGCAUUCGGUUUAUAUAUAGAAAGUAUACUACAUGAAUCUAUAUAUAGAAAGUAUGCUUGAUGAACCCACAAAAAGGUUUUGGUUCUGCAUCCCUUUCUAGCUCAUAGCACUCGUCAAACUCUGUAGGUUCAUAUAAGAUAGUAAGGAAUUAACUUGUAGAUAUAUGUAGACACAUACGAAUAUAGAUUUAUCUACACGUUUAUACGGAAGCAGACAUCCUUGUAUAGAUAUAGAUACAUCCCUAUUCACACAUUUGUAGAUUAAUCCAACAAUAGAUAUAUCAUUCUAUAGAUAUAGAUACAUCCCUUCAUAGAUAUAAACACAUCCAGUUAUAUAUAUAAUUACAUCUUUAUUCAGAUAGAAAUGUAUCCUUCCAUAGAUAUCGAUUCAUCCCUAUCAAGUUAGAGAUAAGUCCUUAUGCAUCCUCAUACAUACUCACAUAGAUACCUUUGUUUAACCACAUAGAUCUCCCCGCUUUAUCGACCCAAAGUUGAUUUCAUUUAGUUUGUUUAUACAUUAUAUAUAUAUGUAUAUAUAUUUGUUUUGUUUUUUCUUUCUUGUUUUAUUAUAUUAUCUGAAAUCAAUAAUGUCAAAUCUCUAAUGUCUAAAAAAAAAAAUGUAAAAAUUGA